AUGGAGUCCAACCCAGCCGGGUCUACCAGUCCACAGUCCCCAAGAGCCAAUGGGAACAUCAACCUGGGCCCUUCAGCCAACCCCAAUGCCCGGCCCACUGACUUCGACUUCCUCAAGGUCAUUGGCAAAGGGAACUAUGGGAAGGUCCUACUGGCCAAGCGCAAGUCCGACGGCAUAUUCUAUGCGGUGAAGGUGCUACAAAAAAAGUCCAUCUUAAAGAAGAAGGAGCAGAACCACAUCAUGGCCGAGCGCAGCGUGCUUCUCAAGAACGUGCGGCACCCCUUCCUCGUGGGCCUGCGCUACUCCUUCCAGACGCCUGAGAAGCUCUACUUUGUGCUGGACUACGUUAACGGUGGAGAGCUCUUCUUCCAUUUACAACGAGAGCGACGCUUUCUGGAGCCCCGGGCCCGGUUCUACGCUGCAGAGGUGGCCAGCGCCAUCGGCUACCUACAUUCUCUCAACAUCAUUUACAGGGAUCUGAAACCAGAGAACAUUCUCUUGGACUGCCAGGGACACGUGGUGCUGACAGACUUUGGCCUCUGUAAGGAAGGCGUUGAGCCUGAGGAGACCACGUCCACCUUCUGUGGCACCCCCGAGUACUUGGCCCCUGAGGUGCUUCGGAAGGAACCUUACGAUCGGGCAGUGGACUGGUGGUGCUUCGGGGCAGUCCUCUAUGAGAUGCUGCAAGGCCUGCCACCCUUCUAUAGCUCAGAUGUGUCCCAGAUGUAUGACAACAUUCUGCACAAGCCACUGCAGAUCCCUGGGGGCCAGACAGUGGCCGCCUGCGACCUCCUGCAAAGCCUUCUCCACAAGGACCAGAGGCAGAGGUUGGGCUCUAAAACAGACUUUCUUGAGAUAAAGAACCAUGUAUUCUUCAGCCCCAUCAACUGGGACGACUUGUAUCACAAGAGACUGACUCCACCCUUCAACCCAAAUGUGGCAGGACCUGCUGACUUGAAACACUUUGACCCAGAGUUCACCCAAGAAGCCGUGUCAAAAUCUAUUGGCUGCACUCCAGACACUCUGGCUAGCAGCUCCGGGGCGUCAAGUGCAUUCCUGGGGUUUUCCUAUGCCCCAGAGGAGGAUGCCAUCUUGGAUAGCUAGAAGAGAAUGCCCCUGUGACACCACCAAAGACAGCUGGUAUCAGUAAGGAGUUACAUUCUGCUGCUUGUAACAGACACAGUAACAAUGGCUUAAACAAAAAAACAGGUAUAUU